CGUUGCUUUGAGAGGCGGUCUGACCCGCAGCACUGACCGGGGGAAGUAAAACUGUCAAUGUCACAGGUUCCUGGAUUAGCAGCUGCUUCGUCCACUGAUAACACCGGCGAUAGAAGGAGAUAACCUCCUCCUGUAUGAAGACUUAAACCAGGAGCUUCGCAGCAGCUUCUUCACAUCGUUUCCAGGCAGCAUGAACUCCCUCCCAGGCAAAGCUGCGCUUUCUCUGUGCAGGCGCACGGCGUCGGCUAGCGGGCUGAGGAUCUUCGCCGGGUCACCGGGUCACACUACAGGGAUCCUGCCGGCGGACAGAGCUUCUUUCCAGGCUGUGCGGGUCUGCCACAACGGGAAGGGCAGCAAGGGCAGCGUCAGCACCAAGAAACGAGGCUAUGACAUCACUAGAAACCCACACCUUAAUAAGGGAAUGGCAUUCACCCUGGAGGAGCGUUUACAACUGGGCAUCCACGGUCUGCUGCCCCCUUGCUUCCUGUCCCAGGACGUGCAAGUCCUGCGUGUCAUGAAGAGCUAUGAAACGCGCGUCAAUCCUCUGGACAAGUACAUCCUGCUGAUGACUCUGCAGGACAGAAACGAGAAGCUCUUCUACCGCUUGUUGACCUCCGACGUUGAGGAGUUCAUGCCCAUUGUUUACACUCCGACCGUCGGGUUGGCAUGUCAGCAAUACGGACUCGCCUUCAGGAGACCACGUGGACUCUUCAUCACCAUCCACGACAAAGGUCACAUUGCCACUAUGCUUAACUCCUGGCCAGAAGAGGACAUUAAGGCCAUCGUGGUGACAGACGGUGAGCGUAUCCUCGGUCUGGGAGACCUCGGCAGCUAUGGGAUGGGGAUUCCGGUCGGGAAACUGGCGCUCUACACAGCGUGCGGCGGCGUUCAGCCGCAGCAGUGCCUCCCCGUGCUGCUCGACGUCGGCACUGACAACCAGGCGCUGCUCGAUGACCCGCUGUACAUCGGCCUGAAGCACAAGAGGAUCCGGGGGAAAGAGUACGAUGAUCUUAUCGAAGAGUUCAUGCAGGCAGUGACGGACAAGUACGGGAUGAACUGUCUGAUCCAGUUUGAGGACUUCGCCAACAGCAACGCCUUUCGCAUCCUCAACAAGUACAGGCACAAAUACUGCACCUUCAACGACGACAUCCAAGGCACAGCGUCGGUAGCUGUUGCCGGGGUCUUGGCUGCUUUAAAGAUCACCAAGAACCAACUGUUAGACCACACUUUUGUUUUCCAGGGAGCCGGUGAGGCUGCUCUGGGUAUCGCGCACCUGCUUAUCAUGGCCAUGGCUAAAGAAGGGGUAUCCAAAGAGGAAGCUGCCAAGAAGAUCUGGAUGGUGGACUCAAAAGGCCUCAUUGUGAAGGGAAGAGGCCACCUGAACCAUGAGAAGGAGGAGUUUGCCCACGAGCACCCACACCUGAAGACCCUGGAGGAGGUGGUUCAAACCAUCAAACCCACCGCCAUCAUCGGCGUGGCUGCUAUCGGAGGAGCGUUUACUGAGAAGAUAAUCAAAGACAUGGCUUCCUUCAACGAGAGGCCCAUCAUCUUUGCCCUCAGUAAUCCCACCAGCAAAGCAGAGUGCACAGCCGAGGAGUGCUACCAGCUCACAGAGGGUCGGGGCAUCUUUGCCAGUGGAAGUCCGUUCGACAAGGUGACGCUGGCUGACGGACGCACCUUCUACCCCGGACAGGGAAACAACGCCUACGUGUUUCCCGGAGUCGCUCUGGGCGUGAUCGCCUGCGGCGUCCGCCACAUAUCUGACGACGUCUUCCUCACCACCGCUGAGGCAAUCGCUGACAUGGUAACAGAGGAACAUCUGGCCGAGGGGAGACUUUAUCCUCCUCUGAGCACCAUCAGAGAGGUCUCCUUAAAGAUAGCCGUGAAGCUUGUCAACUAUGCAUACAAAAACAACGUGGCCUCGCUUUAUCCCGAGCCGCAAGACAAGGAGGCGUUUGUGCUGUCUCACGUCUAUAGUCCAGAUUAUGACUCCUUCACGCUGGACACGUACAGCUGGCCUCAGGACGCCAUGAAUGUCCAGGACGUGUGAUCCCGCAGCACCGUCCACCCUCCGUCUCCCUCUGAAUGAAAUGAUGCUGCCGUGAUGUCGCGCACAAUUUCUGUAUCGUCUCCAAAUGUAUUUCACUAAUGAUUCUUGUGCUGUUUUUUUUCUUUCUUCGAUUGAUAGCUGUCCAGUGGUGAGUCAAACGCACACCGUGUUAAUGAUUUUCUGUCCAGUUUCCAGUGCUGUACUCGUAUUUAUCAGUUCUCUGAAUGUCAUGGCUAAGAAAAACACUCGAUAUCCACACAGCGGCACAAGUGUUUCCUCUGUGACUCAAAGUCAGUUCUUUAGGAGAGGAAUCUGAGCUGGUGUGUGAGCAACAAAGCAGUGGUUCAUAUUGCAGCACAGUUCUUUUCUUCUCUGGACACAGAGGAACAGAGGACAUCAUUUAUGAAAGCCGUGUCUAAAAUAACCUCAGCUGAAAACUCUCCUUUGUGCCUCUUCCUGUGUGACCUCAGGGCAUCACUUCCUCCAGAUCAUGAGUUAAAAAUCUCUGUAUUUGUUGUUCGGUGGACGGCAGAGAACAGGCUCUCGUAUUAAAAAAAGCAGCUGCUCCUUCGUAGUUUACACUCCU